AUGGGAGUGUGUCUAUCGUGUCUCAAUGGUACUGGAAGCACCGAUGAAUAUGAUGAAAAUACCUCACUACUAAGGAGAAAUCAACAACAACAAAAUUACACAUCUGACUAUUUACAAGAAGAAGAAUUAUUAAAACAACAACAAAGACAACAAGAAUUAUCCUCAAUUGUAAAUGACUUAUCGGAUAAACUAAUUGAUGUUGCUACAUUUAUAAAUGGUGGUGUUGGAAGUACAAGUAAUGCAAAUCAAAUUAAUGGUAGUACCAGUGGAUUAUUACCACAACUUAAUCAAACAAACGAAGGCAAUGCUGGUCUUAAAGAUGACGAUCUAAAACAAUUUCCAUAUUUCUAUACAGAGGAAGAUAGGAGGAAAGUUCUUGAAAAAACUUCACAAUUGAAUGAAAGCAUUAAACAAUCUUGUAAAUUGACUACGCUGGAACCACUAUAUUUGAAAUUUUGA